CGAGCCAAUAUGGUACUUACACCGGUACUACAGUUCCUCCGCGAGCGCUCGGAGUUGAACAGAUAGACUCUUCCUCGAGACUCGACCUUUGAGACCGACACACUGCAGUAUUGCAGCCGAGCGCCACAGUAAGAAGAUGCCACUGGGUGAUGAGUGCCAUGACUGGAAAAAGAAAACCACGGACGUGAAGGAGAACUACGACUUCAAAGACGUGCUGGGAACGGGAGCUUUCUCCGAGGUGGUCCUGGCCGAGGAGAAGAGGACCCAGAAGCUGGUGGCCAUCAAGUGCAUCCCUAAGAAAGCUCUGGAGGGCAAGGAAAACAGCAUCGAGAACGAGAUUGCCGUCCUGCAUAAACUCAAACAUGCCAACAUCGUAUCUCUGGAAGACAUCUUUGAGAGUAAAUCCCACCUCUACCUGGUCAUGCAGCUGGUUUCUGGCGGGGAGCUGUUCGACCGCAUCAUAGAGAAGGGCUUCUACACUGAGAAGGACGCCAGCAAACUCAUCCAACAGAUCCUGGAUGCUGUGAAAUACCUCCACGACAUGGGCAUUGUCCACCGGGACCUCAAGCCGGAGAACCUGUUGUACUACAGCAUGGACGAGGACUCCAAGAUCAUGAUAAGUGACUUCGGCCUGUCCAAGAUCGAGGCCUCUGGCAGCGUCAUGUCCACGGCCUGCGGAACGCCGGGAUACGUCGCUCCGGAAGUCCUGGCUCAGAAACCGUAUAGCAAGGCAGUGGACUGCUGGUCUAUCGGAGUCAUCGCCUACAUACUGUUGUGUGGCUACCCUCCCUUCUACGAUGAGAACGACUCUAAACUCUUUGAGCAGAUCCUCAAGGCAGAGUAUGAGUUUGACUCUCCGUACUGGGACGAUAUCUCAGAAUCCGCCAAAGACUUCAUAGUUCACCUGAUGGAGAAAGACCCAAAGACACGCUACACCUGUGAACAGGCCCUGCAGCACCCAUGGAUUGCAGGCGACACGGCCCUGGAUAAGAACAUCCAUGAGUCCGUCAGCGCGCAGAUCAAAAAGAACUUCGCCAAGAGCAAGUGGAGGCAAGCCUUCAACGCCACGGCGGUGGUGCGCCACAUGCGUCGCCUGCAGCUGGGGACCAGCCUGGAGGGACCCAACCAGCCCAGCAUGCUGCUGCCAGAAGAGCUCACAGAGUCCCAGUCGGAGGGCGGCUGCUGCCAGAGUUCAGAGGGAGCUGAUGAGUCUGAGUCUCUGUCCCCCUCCUACCGCUGCCACACCACCAGCAGGGUCUGAGGGCCCACCCAGCCACCUGAUCGACCCCAGUGACCCUCCUUUUUUACACCUGGGCGACCCCCGAGGCCUCUGCUUCUGCCCCACCACCCGUCGUAUGGUCGCUCGCCUGCAGGGG